GAGAGCAAUAGAGAUUGUCUGACUGGCAGUUUGUCAGGGGUAAGCAGGAAGCUGCAACUGCAGGACAAAGUGGAAUAUAACAAGCAGCAUUCCAGCACUCAGCUCGUCUGGAUCAGGCAUGGAAAUCGAUGAGCGGGUGCUGCUGUUCCAUGGUACCACCGGCUGGAUGGCUGUGCUGCUGUGCAGGAGCAUGUGACUGUCCUUACAUUGCCAUGCUGUGGCACCGGCUGUAGGGAGAGAGAUGGAGACUGUCUGACCAGCAGGCACAUAAAACUACGGGACAAACUGAGGAAUAUAAUAAGCAUCUGUGCUUUCAGCUCAUCUGGAACAGGUCUGUGAUGGGGUCUUGUCCAUGGAAGCUUUUGCAGAAGUGAUUUUGACGUAACGGCACCAGCGCUACCUCACUUACAAACCAGGCACAGUUACAUUUUUGCCGACUGGAGAGAGUAUUACAGGACUGUUUCGGCAGAAAAGAAAAGGCCAGGCAAGUUUCAGCCUUUUAGAAAGAUCUUUGGCAAGAAGAAUAAGAAAUGUUCCUCGUUGCCCUUUAAGGAAGGCAAGCUAAAGGCCAGUCGCUCCAUUGGGAAUGUCUGUGUUAAUACAGCCUUCUCCUCUGAUGAAGAACCCUGUGAUGACCUAAGAUUUUGCAGCCAUAGUAUGGGAACGAGGUCUUUUUCUCAUGAUAGCAUUUUCAUGCCGGCAGAGCAAGGAGAAGAAGAGCAGAGCAUUCAGGCAAUAUCACAAGAAUACCUUGUUGGAAAUGUAAAGGCUCUCCAGCAACAGCUAUCAGGAAAUAUCCGCUUUGGCCUGCAUCCGGAUAGUACAUCGCGGAAGAGAAUGCAAGGUUUGGGAACAAGCACAGGAGAAAUGGACACCUCUCACAUCAGCCCCAUGGAGAUAGGAGAUGAACAGCACAAAGAAGUGCAACAAAAGCCUGCUACCAUGCUCACAGGAUCACCGGGUUCUUUCAGCUCCGUUAUUGAACUAGAUCAUAAAACAGAGGAGAAGGUGACUCCAGUAAAGCCAUCACGGACAAAAAGGCCCCGGGCAGCGUCUGGCACAAUCGAGUCUAUAAAUCUGGAUGCUGUUCCUCGGUCUGUCGAUCGGCUGGAUAACACUUUUGCUAAACAUAAGCUUUCCGUCAAGCCGAAAAACCAGAGGGUGUCAACGAAGCACAGAGGAAUGUCCCAGGAAUGCCAGAGUAUAGAAGACACAGAGUUUGAAAAUGAAAGUGCUCCCACAAGAAACUCUCUUGACAAAACCAUGCAUAAUUCCACAGAAAUAUUAGGUCAGAAUUUACAUAAAUCAGAUCAGUCACAGUGGAAGAAGACUGAGGUGCAAUCCCUUGAGAUGGUUCAAGCAUUAAUCAAAAGUGAAGAAGGGAGGGAUAUUAAGAAGCUGGAUAAUGAGGAAGAGAAGAAGCUGGAAAAACAUCAAAAACUAAUCAGUCCGAAACACAAUGCUGAAAAUAGACCUAUAGAUGAAGUAGAAAAAAAUCUGCAGUUGGAAAAACAAUGGCGGGAAGAGGAGGAAGAGAGAAAGAGAGAAUUAAAAAGGGAACUUGAAAUUAAAGAGAAACAACGUCUUGAAGAAGAAAGAAAACAACACACUGAACAAAUUCUCCAAGAACUAGAAGAAAAAAGAAGACAAGAAGAGUUAAAAUUGCAGCAGGAAGAGUUAAAACAACGGCGGGAAGAGGAGCGAAAGAGAGAAUUUAAAAGGGAACUUGAUAUUAAAGAGCAACAGCAUCUUGAAGAAGAAAGAAGACAACACGCUGAACAAAUUCACAGAGAACUAGAGGAAAACAGAAAGCAAGAAGAGUUAAAAUUGCAUCAGAAAGAGUUAAAACAAUGGCAGGAAGAGGAGAGAAAGAGAGAAAUUAAAAGGGAACUUCAAAUUAAAGAACAACAGCAUCUUGAAGAAGAAAGAAGACUACACGCUGAACAAAUUCUCCAAGAACUAGAGGAAAACAGAAAGCAAGAAGAGUUAAAAUUGCAUCAGGAAGAGUUAAAACAACAGCAGGAAGAACAAGAGAAGAGAGAGAGAGAAAUUAAAAGGGAACUUGAAAUUAAAGAGCAACAGCAACUCGAGGAAGAAAGAAGACAACGAGCUGAACAAAUUCUCAAAGAACUAGAGGAACACAGAAGGCAAGAAGAGUUAAAAUGGCAUGAAAGAGAAGAGCAGAAAGCAGUACAGAAGGCAGAGGAGAAGUGUGAAGAAGAAGAGAAGCAACGUCGAGAAGAACAACAGAAACUAGAGGAACAAAAACAGCAAGAACUAAAAUGUUUAGAGAAGCAGAAUCAGCAAAAGAAAAAAGAUACUGAUACAAAACUGAAAGACAAAGAUGCUGCUGAAAAGGAAAAGAUGAUCAUGGAAACAAGUCAGGGUGAAGAGAUCCAAAAGAACAAGCAGCAAACAGCAGCUGAAGACCAGGAGCAAGGUAGAAAUAGUGAAGAGCAACGAUGGAAGGAACUUGACCAGCGGCAAAGACCAUUCACCUUCAAAGUGACAGCAGGUGAAAAGCAAAUUUUGUUUCAGAGAGUUAACUUAUCUCCAGUUACACCUUCCAAAGAAGCAGUUGUUUCUCCUGAUUCACAUUGGUCAAAGGAAAAUAAGCCUAAUAUAACCACUCAUGCCCUUCCAUCUUCCCUCUGUGUUCCACACACAGCUAUUUUAGUUACUGGUGCUCAGCUUUGUGGCACGGCAGUGAACCUCGACCAAAUUAAGGAUUCCGCGUGUAAGUCUUUGCUGGGUCUCACAGAUGACAAAAAAUAUUUAGAAAACCAAACAACCAAAAGUGAAAAAGGAAGGCAAGACCCAACAUCAAUUAGCAGCAGAACAAAGUCUUUAGACACCCAGUCAGCCUUGGAUGAAUGGACUUCCAUCCGAUCAAAAAUUCUAAAUAAAUCAGAAAAUAUCAGUAUGCUUGAGAAAGCACAAAGAAAUUCACAUUUACAGAGAGAUGACUGGACUGGAAAAGGCAAUGGUGAGCUCCAUAGCAAUUUAAGGAAAACAUUGUCAGCCAGUGCUAAAUUCUCCAUAACUCCAGCGUGGCAGAAAUUUGCUGAAAGUGUUAAACUACAACAGCUUCAGACAAUGACUACACAAACAAGUACAGAAGCUGAAGCAGAAGCAAAGUCAGUUUCAAUUGACAAUGCCACGCAAGAAAAAUCUCUUGAAGUCAAUAGCUCACAAGAAACAAUCCCAACCAAACUGAGAAAGCAGGUGACCAGUAAUAAUAGCACAGAAGGCUUUAUAUUUUCAAAAGAUCUUCCAUCCUUUCUCGUUCCCCAUCCUCCUCAUUCUCCCCGUCAAGGGCAGGCUGAGUCCCAAACUGGAAUUGAAAUGCAAAUGAGCAACGGAGCACGGAAAAAUGAUAAGACUGUACAAAAUGGGGAGGAGAAAACAUCUCCAUUUGGAGUCAAGUUGAGAAGAACAAAUUACUCAUUAAGAUUUCAUUCAGACCCUCUGAAUGACCAAAGGAGAAAAAAACGGUAUAGCGCGGGUGAUAGUUUUGAUGGCGUGCCAGUGUCAUUCAGUGCAGCAGAUGAAACAGAAACUUUAAAAACAUCUAGAAAAGAACUGUCAGCAUCACCUACCAAAAUAAAAAAAGAAAACUUUAUGUCAAUCUCUAUGGAUGCCUCAAGCAGCUUAACAGAUCUCCAUUCAGUGUCUCCCCCAUUAAUAUCAUCCUCCAGCUUGUACAUUCCUUCACCUAACAGAGGUAGAACUGUGUCUAAGUCACUCUCUGUUGAGAAACCAUGUCUAGCUCCCAAGUCAUCCAGUCCAACUCAAACACCCUCAGUGCUUUCUAAACUUGAUAGAAGUAAUAUGGUUGACCUAACUGCACAGAAGCGGGAAAAAAGUGACAUGGAUAAAGCAAUGCUGAGAGAAUCCAUCAAAGGGAGUGUGGCACUGCCAUCUUCAAGUCCAGGUAAAAACGAGGAGCCAGAAGCAAAAGACAAAAAGUAUUCUUUUCCGUCAAUCCCUAUACCAUGGAGAGAGAAGUCUGAGAGAAGACAAGAGCAAAUUGGCAAAGAAAGGCCAGUUCUUCAGAGUCGUCAUUCCCUUGAUGGUACCAGGCUGAUGGAAAAAUCUGAGACAUCGCAGCCUCUGUGGAUAACGUUAGCGCUACAGAAGCAAAAGGGAUUUCGGGAACAGCACGCUUACAGGGAAGAGAGAAGACAAGCCAGGGAAACCAAACAGUCAGAAAAGAUCAAUAAAGAAAAGGCCAGUGAGAGUGUCAGUACAGUAGAAUACAGAACCAGGUCUGGUUCCCUGCAAAAGCUAGCAGCCCAAGAGGAGAAGAAAUGUGAAACAGUAGUGACUCGCCUGCAGCGCAGAGAGCAACUACAAAAAUCCAACACGCUUCCCACAUCAGUCACAGUGGAAAUCACUGAUGCAGUUCAAGUUCCUCCUCUGUCAAAGGAUAUUCCAAAGCGAUUUUCUACACCAGAUGCUUCUCCGGUGUCCUCGGAGCCCGCCUGGCUUGCCUUGGCCAAACGGAAAUCAAAAGCCUGGAGUGACUGUCCACAAAUUAUUAAGUAAAUAUCUUGUCCCAGCUAAAAAGAAGCUAAUUGGUGUCCCUAAGCU